AUGUCAAUCAUUGAAGAUGUAGUAUCAUUGACUGAUGAAUCAAGACAUGAUCAUCAACAAGAUGACGAUGAAGAAAGUAUAUUACCACUUACUCAAGAAGAACUAUAUCAAGAACUGAAUGAAUUACUUAGCGCCUUUUGUUCAGAUGCUCAACAACAAUUUUGUAUGGAUCAAAAUAUUAUUCAACCUGAUAACCUAUAUCGCUUAAGACAAACUGUACAACAAAUACAAUUACUUUUACCAACUGUGGAUCGUACCAACAAUCUUCAACUUCGUCAAGCCUUGAUGCGCGUCAUUCAUGAUAUUUUACAUUACUAUGGUUCCAUGGUAAAUCACAAAACCAACGCAACGGUAACAUCAUCUUCACCAUCACUGAACAGACGUUCAUUAGCCCCAUCAUCUACAUCUCCUUUAUCAGCAUCUACUUCACCAUCAACAACAACAACAAUGUCAACAUCACGAACAAUGUCAUCUACAGCAGAAGAAAUAUUGACAUCCAUUCUGACAACUUUUGAUUAUCCACCAGGAGCUUAUACAGUAGUUAUUGACAAACACAAUUAUGGCCAACUUGGACUUCAACAUGGAAAAAUUGGUACUAGACAAAUCAUAUUCGACCAUCGUCAGCUUUCCACCAAUGAUGCGAUCGAUAUGAUUAAUCAGAUUUGUGAUAUCUUUGCCGCUUUAUUUGCUUCCACCGCACAACAUCACUUAGCCCAAAUCGACUCUCAAAUACGAAAAUCUCAGCCCUUUCACACUUUGUCUCAUAUCAAGCGAUUGUCAACAAGGAUAUUUGAGGAUACAUCAUUGAUAACAUGUAUGGACGACGCAGAUAUGGAUCAAGAGGACAACUUUAUAGAUACCAAUCAUCAUGAUCAUCAAGAAUAUUUGGACCAUCAGUCUCAACACUACAAUCAAAAUCAACGACAUCAUCGUCGCCAAUCUACAACAAAUGAGAUUCUACAUACAACUUCAAAUAUAUCUUCUUCAUCAACAAAUCACCAAACAUCUUCUCCUAUGACUAUAUUGACUCCUUUUCGACUUUCGAUGACACCUACUCAUACUUUAUGGCGUCAUCCUAUUCCUAUUCCUUCCUUUGCUCCAGCACCAUGGCAGUUACCUGAUCUUCUGAAGAAGCGACAUCCUUAUAAUCCUUUGUUUUUUGGUUUAUUCCGCCGACGUACAAGUAACAAUCAAACCAAAAAGAAAAAUCAAUCAUCUUCUUUUUUGAAACAUCUGCAGCCUCAACAUCUUCAGCAUUACCAUCACCAACAACAUCAACAACAUCCUUGUCAUCAUCAUCAUCAUCAUCAUCAUCCGCAACAACAUCAACAUCAACAUCAACAUCAUCAUCAUCAGCAUCGAAAUCAAGUGACUAGGACAACAUCUGCACUGAAAGGGAAGGUAGAAGGACAACAACAACAGUGUUGUGAAACAGCAUCCAAUCCAACAUUGUCAACAUCUUGUACCACAUCCACAACAAAAAACAAUAUCAACAAUAAUAGUAGGACAAACAUCACUAGUGCUAACGCAACAACACCGACGCCUGCAGUUUCAGAUUGUUAUGCAUGUCAUUCUGCAAUGCUUCUCGAUGAAGGAAUUGACAACAGUACUCAUCAGCAUCAUCAUCUUCAACCUUCAACAACCAUGUCCACGAGUGUACCAUUACGACGAUAUCAAAGUAAACGACGUGGAAGGGGAACUAUGGGGAAAUCCACUACCUUAGAUACUGCCAUCUCGUCAUCAUCUAUGGAGGAAGAACAAGUAAAUCACCAGGCGGUUGAUGAUAUGUAUGACAUGUAUGAUAGCAAUACUACUUUGGAGGCUCCAUUUAUCAGUGUUUCAGUUGACAAACUUGCGUUCCAUCUGGGCAAGAUCGCUGGCCAAUUUUAUCAAGAUCUUCUAAUGCAUACAAGGCUACGUUAUCAAGAAACACAAAGCACGCUACAAACUUUGGAAUGGCAACUGAUGGAUCUUUAUCGACAUCUUCAAUUAGCAAGUUCUAGGGCAGUGAUGCAACGUGCUUUAAUGAUUGUACAAGAAUUGGAUGAACGACAGCAUGACUCACCUUGUUUUCAACAACAACAAAAACAACAACAACAACAACAACAACAACAUCAUCAUCAUCAUCAGCUACAACAACAAUUGAAUCGAUUUGGUCAAAUUGGACGGCAACAAUACAACAAUGGUGAUGGUGGACAAGAGGAAGAUGAUGAUUCAAGUGAAGGUGACGCUAUUCAUCAACAUCAUCAACAGGAAGAGAAUGAUCAAGGACAACAUACAGCAGCACAGCAAAGAAAAUCGAUGAAUCAAUGGGUACCCAUUUGCACUGAUCACUAUCAAAAAAAGGACAUGGCAUUCAAUAACAAUAAUAACAAGGACGCGGAUGAUGAACUUUCUGGAUGGAAAUUGAUACCAUCAUCACCUCUUAUGACCUCAGUAACGGCAGCAACAACAACUCCAACUCCAACAACGACAACAUCAACAAGAACGACAUCAUUGAAUGAAACUUUGAACGAUAUGAAAACUCUUCACCAUGCAUUACCCAUUACCUCAAAAGUGGCCACCAAUUCUGCUUCCACCCUCAAUAACAAUAGUAGCAAUAUAUGA